ACGAUGUGCGAUUCCGAUAGUGAAGAGUUUGCGAGUGCUGAUGAAGAUUUUGAAGAAAUUGAACCAGACGAGCUGGAAGAAGUACUCCAGAGCACCAAACCAUCGGAUGUGUCGUCAAAGAAGAAGGAACAGCUUGCUGCACCAGCAUCACCAACAAAAUCUGACGUGGAACCUGUAAGCAAAUCCAAAGGAGAUCAGCUGGAGGAUAAAACACAGUCCUUGGAAGAUAGUGCUUCCUGCCCUCCACCGACUACUACUUCGACCGUUACAGAGGUGGAAAGUGAAAAUAAAAUCCCCAUCCUACCAAAGAUAGAGGAUUACAAGGGCGACACCUUGCAGAAGGAUCAGGUAACGGAUUCCAAGACGACUAAGGAAGACAAAGAAAAGUUAGAUACGAAUGCCAGCACAGCAAAAUAUGUUGAAAAACUUGUAACACUAGAAGAAAAAGUCAAUCAAGAGCCAUCUCCCUCUGUGCAGUCUUGCAGCGGAGAUGAGAAAUCCAACGAAACCGCAAACAAAUCCAAAAAACUUGUGCUUAAACCAGCCAAACCACAACUGUUGGAACAGAUUGAAAAGCAAGCACAGGAACCGGAAAGCAAAAUCCCAGAGUCAGGUGUAACCGAAGGUGAGGGAUGGGAUGAUUUCGAUGAUGAUUGGGGAGAUUUCCCCGUUGAAGGUAGUAACACCGUAGCACUCAAAGUCGAGAAUAAGCAGCCGAUUAGUGUCAAUGCGAACACCUCCGAUCCCGCGCAGCCUAGCUCAGCGAAAGCCACCAGCUUCAGAGAUGUAGACAUAGAUGAGGUUGAGCAUAAGCUGAAAGAUUUCAUGAAACACAAGGACGAUCCACCUCUAACUUCCGUGCUAGAUCGACUUUCAUCUGGUGCGGACAAUACAAAAGCAACGGCCGAUGCCGGACAGUCCUGGGGUAGCUGGAAGCCAUCCUGGGGCGGGGCAGCCGUUUCCUUCCUUUCGAACGCAUCGAAAUCCGUUGCGACGAUUACAACCAACAUUACGCAGGUGAUUGAAUCGGGCAUCGGAGUACCGAAUCCGGAAGAGAUGGCCCGCCGUCAAGCGGAGGCUGAAGCUAAGCUAAAAGCGGAAGGCUACCUGCAAGAGGAGCCGGAUAUAGCGCCGAGUACGUCGGCCCAAUCGGAAGAUCGGUUCGGUUUUGAUCAGCUCGUUUCUGGUGUAACACAGAUCAGCAGCAAGGUUAUUACCGGUGGGUUAGACACACUUGAAGGAAUUGGUAAGAAAACGAUGACCAUACUGCAGGAGAACGAUCCAGGCCUGUUGAACAAGCGAAAGCUGCUCGGCCUACAACCGAACGAUGGAGUUGUGUUGAGCCAAGUUUUGCGCGAAGCAAAGGCGAAAACAGAGGAACGGGAACGCAACCUAAAGCAAAUUCAAAAGCAUCAGUAUAAAAAGAAGCUUCAUUUUGAAACUCUGUUUGAUGAUUACCAUGGGUUGGUGCAUCUGGAGGCACUAGAAAUGCUGUCGAAACAGGCAUCGCUCAAGCUGGAAUCGCUGAUGGCACCGCUCACAGGAAAGGCACUCGACGACUUGCAAGAAACGAUGAGCGAAGUGAAGGAGCUGUGCGAACUGCCCGAAACGGACAACGACGACGCGGAUGGACUACACACGGCGGAUGAGCUCCAGGCAAAGCUGCUGGAAACCAUCGUCGAUCUUAAUCCUAACGUUAAGGUCGAUUUCGGAGAGAUAGUUAAGAGUUGGACAGAGUAUACCGAGUGGAUCGCUGACAAGAGCGAACCGCAACGUACCGGGCAGGAUGUGUUCGAAAAGGCAAUGCACGCGCUAGCCCAAACGACGGCCCUUUGCGUACUGCGGAUGCACAAACUGGCGGAAAUACUGCUCAUCAGCGAUCAUCACAGUACAGCGACGGAAGCUGAUGUGCUGGUACAGCUAACUUCGGUGUUUUGCUGGCAUCUGAGCGGUGUGGCGACCCGGUUCUGCUCGGAGCUGACCAAGAUGAAGGAUGAAUCUGGGGACGAUAGCGAUAGUGCGCUUAUAACCAACAUUUUCCUGGAGGGCUCGAACAGCACAUCGUACGUUCAGAAUGCGUUUCAUCUGUUCAUUCCGAUCCUGCAGCUUGGCGCAGCUUAA